AUGGACAAUCAAGAAAAGCGGUUCAUUAAUCAGAUUCGAAGCAUAAAAAAAUGGGACUCCGAGCUUCAAAAAGUGGGAAUCACUAACCAGCCAAGCUAUGGUUCGUGCUUAACUGAAACUGAUCUACAAGAAAUAUUCUCGCAUCCAAAACGAAAUAUAAUGGAGUAG